CGGCCCCCACAAGUCACCCGUGCCGGUGCCGUAGCGCUUCUUCCUUCUCUCCCUCCCGUCCGAGCCGGCUCGGCUAUAAAAUCCCCGCCCCCUCCCGUCUCCUCUCCACACAUCCGAUCCGAUCCAAUCCAAUCCAGCCCCCCUACGAUCUCACCGGGAAACCUCCGAUCCGAGCGAAGCGAAGGCUCUCUCGUCCUCCUCCUCAAGAUGCAGAUCUUUGUGAAGACCCUCACCGGCAAGACCAUCACCCUUGAGGUCGAGUCCUCUGACACCAUUGACAAUGUCAAGGCAAAGAUCCAGGACAAGGAGGGCAUCCCCCCGGACCAGCAGCGUCUCAUCUUUGCUGGCAAGCAGCUCGAGGAUGGCCGCACCCUUGCGGACUACAACAUCCAGAAGGAGUCCACUCUCCACUUGGUGCUCAGGCUCCGUGGUGGUAUGCAGAUCUUUGUCAAGACCCUCACCGGCAAGACCAUCACCCUGGAGGUUGAGUCCUCAGACCUUUGCCGGCAAGCAGCUCGAGGAUGGCCGCACCCUUGCGGAUUACAACAUCCAGAAGGAGUCCACCCUCCACUUGGUGCUCAGGCUCCGUGGUGGCAUGCAGAUAUUUGUGAAGACCCUCACCGGCAAGACCAUCACCCUGGAGGUGGAGUCAUCUGACACCAUCGACAACGUGAAGGCGAAGAUCCAGGACAAGGAGGGCAUUCCCCCGGACCAGCAGCGCCUCAUCUUUGCUGGUAAGCAGCUUGAGGAUGGCCGCACCUUGGCGGACUACAACAUUCAGAAGGAGUCAACCCUUCACUUGGUGCUCCGUCUCCGUGGUGGCCAGUAAGCUCCUGGCCAUGGAGCUGCUUUUGUCUCUGGGUUCACAAGUCUCGUCUUCGGUGUCCUUAAGGAGUCUGGUCUAUGUCUGUCGUUGCCUGAACUGUCUUUGUUUCUAUACCGUACUAUGAUGCAGUGUUAUCGUUUGUAUCUGCAAACUUCUGCUGGUGUGCAGCAGCUUUGAUGAACUUAAUAUUAAGUGAGCCCUGAAUUCAAUCCAUAAUAUUGUUUGUCUUGCCUGA